AUGCUGACGAUUGGCGAGACCAAAUCGGGCUCUGUGACAGAGGUCCAAGUGCCUGAAGAAGCCAUCAAGGACGUUGCCUAUGAAUUGUUCCAGGAAGGGGGAGCCAACGAUGAAGUGGACCCGAAAGACUCUUCCCGUAUAGCCAGAAAACUGGACCUCCACAUGAUGUGGGUGCUCUGCACUCUGUAUGGUAUCAACUAUGUGGAUAAGGCAGCCUUGGCAUGGGCCGUGCUGUUCACUUUCGAAGAAGACCUUGGUCUCACAGGAAGCGACUACUCGUGGGUCUCGUCGAUCUUCUACUUUGGCUACCUGGGCGCCCAGUUUCCAGCCUCCUACCUCUUGCAACGCUACCCUGUUGGCAAGGUGAUCUGCUUCUCCACCUUUGCGUGGGGGAUCAUCAUGCUCGCCCACAUGGGUUGCAAAAACUAUGCCGGUAUUCUUGUCUGCAGAUUCCUUCUCGGAGUGUUUGAGGCUCCUGUCUCCGGAGGAUUUGUGCUGUUCACGUCUCUGUUCUACACAAGGAAAGAGCAGGUGUCACGGACCAUGUACUGGGGUUCCAUGCAGGGUAUUUUCUAUGUGAUCUUUGGUUUCGUCACUUACGGUCUGGGCCAUGCCCACGGCUCUUCCUUGAAGGAAUGGCAGCUGAUUUACUUGGUGUUAGGGCUUUGUUCGGUAGCCAUCGCUUGCGUGUGGCUCGCACUGAUCCCAGACUCGCCGGAUAAAGCGAGAUUCCUGUCCAAGGAGGAGAAGAUCAUUGCCGUCAAGAGAGUCUCCAAGAACAUGAUGGGUGUCAAGACAAACGACUGGAAAUACAGCCAGGUCUGGGACUGCCUUGUUGAUCCAAAGACAUGGCUGAUGAUUGCGUUCAUCAUAUUUUCUAUGAUUCCAAACGGUGGUCUAACCAACUUUGGCUCGCUGGUGCUCAAAAGUAUCGUCCACAACAGGGUCCAGUCCAUUGCAAUCGGCGUGGGCAGCUCGUUUUUCUCGUCUGGUCAAAUGCUUAUUUACUCCGUGUUGUCGAUGAGGUACCAUAAUCUGAGAACCAUUGGAAUGAGUGCCCCUCUGCUGCUGGCGAUAGCCGGUUUGUCUGCAGUUUAUGCCACAGAGGACCACGGCGCAAAGUGGGGCCGUGUCUUUGCGUACUGGAUGAUCAACUCGUACGCGGUCACGUGGCCGUUUGCUCUUUCGAUCAUUGGAUCAAACUACGCCGGACACACCAAACGUGCCACCAUGAGCAUGUUGCUGCUGAUUUUCUUUGCUGUGGGAAACAUCAUUGGUCCGUUCUGUUUUACCACCGCGGACGCUCCAAAAUACACCAAGGCUUUGGCUACAAAUCUGGGCUGUUUUUGUGCCUGUUUCCUCAUUGCAGUGCUCCUGAGAGUGUAUCUGAUAUGGGAGAACCGCAGAAGAGACUCGAAAUACGGCCCCGUUGCCGAGCUUACAGAGGAAGAGAGACAACAGGGCAUCAUCAAUGGUUUGAAGGAUCUCACCGACACAGAAAACAAAGAGUUCCGGUUCGUACUAUAA